GGAUUGAAGCUUUCACGUGACUUGAUGUGAGGAUGGCGGAAGUUAGUAGUCGGUCUGGAUGUGCCUCAGCUAUGGCGAAGUUUUCAGUUUUGUUUGUAUUUUCUUUAUUAUGUACCUGCAGAGCACAAGUGCCUUUAAUCAUGUGGACCAGUGAUGGGUACACUUUGCCAACCCCGCUUGAACCAUCAGCUGGCGAGAUUGUCUCAGGUGCGAAGUUGGCGUCCUAUCUAAAAUCAGCCUGGCCGACUUCGCCAAGGAAUGUGCUGCUGUUUUUACAGGACGAGUUAAGCAUGGAUGAUUUCACAGCAUAUGGUGGUGUGUACGGCAACAAGGAAGACAGCGCCUUCGUAAACUUGGAGUCUGCAUUGCAGGCGUCCACUCCCAUGGUGUUGCCAGCUCUGGCCUGGACUGCAGCCGACUCGGUGGAGAAAAUCUUCCAGCAAGAGCUUGCCGUUCCAGCACUCAACAUUGCUCCGUCUGAACUCAGCCAGCUUCAGCUGAACACAGACCAGCCUUCGCUACUGGUCAUCAGGCUCCCAUACACCGCUGGGGCCCACUCAAAAGAGCUUCUUAGGAAAAAUGAUGAGACCAUUGGCUAUGUCCUGAAUACACUGCGAGAUCAGAGUGCGCCUUACACCGCUGUUUACACCGGCCUGAGACCUUCUCAUGUGAUUCAGGACACAUCCAUGUCUUGGGAAUUAGCAGGACGCUCGCUGCUGCAGGCGCCACCAGAACAGGCUGUGAAACCUCCACUGACUUUCAACGAUACUAAAGGAAAGCCUUGUAUCCUACUCUGGGCCAAUCAACUAAACGUUGGCUACGACAGGGGACAAUUUUUUGAUUUGGGCUCUCUUACUUUCAAUGGCUCAGUCUCUCUGAAUGGUUCUUUCUGUAAUGGAACCUUAUCCAAACUUGUCCUGAAUUACCAAAAUGUCCUGAAUUUUAAAUCCUUCCAGGUUAUCUUCUUCAUGCACAAGAUCUUCUUCCCCGUGUCGGCUCGUGACUGGUCGGUCAUGGAGCAGGUGCAACUGAACUAUGACGGUCAGACGGCCAUCUUCAACGCUAGCCGUGGAAUCUAUUCUCCUGCUGAGUAUUCCUUCCACUGUCAGAAAGUGAGCAAUGCUCAGAGCCCACUACUGGUGCCACGCGUUGUGACCGACAACGCCACCCGCUGGAGAGUCCUCUUCACUGACUUCCAGAUACAGGGCUUCAACGUGACUGGAAAUUUCUCGUAUGCCAGCGACUGUGCCAGCUUCUUCACGCCGGCAAUCUGGAUGGGGCUGGUCACGUCUCUGCUCAUGGUUUUAAUCCUCACCUACGGCCUGCACAUGCUUAUGCAGCUGAGCACCAUGGACCGCUUCGACGAUCCUAAAGGCCCGAGCAUUUCAGUGCCUCAGACCGAGUAAUUCGAAGCCAAAGUUUGCCUUCCGGGUUUCGUUUUGAUUUUGCUGACCUCGAUUAGAAACCUGUUUUCAUUCCAGAAGUUCCACGUUUUUAGCGCUCGCUCACUGUGCAAGGUGUUGAUCCUGUUAUCAGCACUACAGCCUUGUGCUGUUUCAGGUACAGUUUAUGGUUUUGCUGACACUUAUUUCACAAAAAUGUCAUUUCCCUUUUAUUCUGAAGCAACAGUACUUCUUAAGUAUUCAUUGUACAACUAGUGCACAUGCACGCACACACAAUCAGCUGUUUUCUCAAUUAUCUUCGAUUGCCUUUGACACUGAAUGUGUUCCACAAUGAUAAACCUGUUGUGUAUUUGAUGGAGAUGUAGUACUUGCCAAAAUGCCAUAUGCCAAACGUACAACUGAAGAGCCUUUGAACAGUUAUGUAUUUUUUAAUUUAAUUUUUUCUUUACACAAAAGUGUCCUUUUAAUACCAAAGCCUGGCGUUUAGUCAUUAAUAUCUAUGACAGCUAACAGACUAUUAACAGCUGUUCUGUAAUGCUAAAGCUUCCCUAAAUCUCUCACCUUCUCACACAUCCCUAUAGUUAUAGCAGGAGUGUGCAUUUAUAGGAAGAUAAACAAAUGUGGGAUGCGUUACACAUAUAAUGGUUUGGUUACUUAUUUAAUGGCAUGUCACAAAAUAUUUUAUUCCUCUUGUUCCACAGCGGUUUGUUAAUGCAAAUCAUUUUUAUUAAAAUACAGCACCCCCCCCCCCCCCCCCCAAUGUUACUAAGGCAUAUGGUUCACCUCAAGCGCUCCAUCCUGAACACUUUCUACAGAGCACUGACACUGGAGACUCCUUCCAGAGCAGCUAAAUAAAUAUCUCCUUGUCCUCUAUAGAAACAAUAAUUUGUUCAUUAACGUAAGCCUGUGAUUUGCCUUGCAGCCAUACUACUGACCACUCAGAUUAGAGAAAUCAACAAUGCUGUGGACUACACCGCAAUGUUCAAUAAUACUUUAAAGUGGAGAGAUAAAUUUAUAGUCUCUAUAUUAAAAGUAUUUCAGGCCCUCAAAACUCCCCCCACAUUCCUGAUUUUAAGCAAAUCUGACCACCACAUGUCUUUUGCCACUCACUUGUGGUUAAUAGAGGUUUAAAUGCCAAGAGGAAAGAACUGUUGCCCCAAAUGUUUACAGAUUUGUUCUUUACUGUUAAAAAGCUGUCCAGUGCUAAGGUUACUAGCAAACAUUACUGUCAUUUAAAAAAAAAAGUCUAUACAGUUUAUACAUUAUAGUAAUGAAUUCAAUUUGUAAAACGCUAUAGCUUCUGGAUUUCAUUUUCUUAAAAUUAAAAUCUUAAUCACAUUUAAGUGUAAGAAAAUGACUAAGUUGAAGUUGUAUAAAUCAUGAAUUGAUUUCAUUACAAUACCAUAUAAAACGAUUACAUUUUCUUUUGUUUUCAUUGUAUAAAGAGUUCUUGCUUAAGAAUAUUCUCUUGGUAACCCUUGUUACCUCAUCUCUGUUUAAUAACUGUGGGAUGUAUAAUUUAAUGAACACUUGGCAAUAAUUUAAAGCUUGUAUGUAUAUUUGUGCCAUUUGAAGUGCUACAUGGUCAAAAGAAGUAUGCUGAUGAAAUAAAUCUAUUUAUAAAUGAA